AUGGUGGGACUCACUGACGAUACCGACUACGAUGCCGGCGAAGCAUUUGGGAAUAUACCACGUCCAUGGUCCGACUUUGGAAAUGAUUAUGCAUACAAUGGACUUAGGACAAGGUGCGUUCCUAUUAAGCUUGAAAAGGCGGCUGCAAGGGAUGCGUUAAUUGAUUUCACCGGUCACCGAAAAAAGGGUUGCCAUGGCCUUGUGACUGUUGGAUUGUGCAAAGAAGGCAUUGACUCACCAUCCUUCGACGCCGAACCAUCCGUACUGAGCUUUCCUUCAUCACAUGACGGACAUCGUCAGAGCCAAAAACCAUAA